UGAAAUAUUUCAUGCAAGAAGUUGAGAUCGGCAUCUUUCGUUUAAUUGGUAUUGGCCGCUUUGAGGGCCUGUCUAGUCAUGUUCUGAGCUACCAGGGGGGUUCCAGUGAAGGAGAAACAAAACCAUGAUAUACCCAAGGCUAUACCUAGAAGAGAAGAGGAGGGAGGAAACCUGCGAGAAGAAACCUGGUCUAGAUGGGCCUCGGUAUUGACGCCACAGUUGAGCUAUGGGUGGUCUGCAUGAUAAACAAUUACGGCAUUGCGGCUCUAUUCUUGGGCCUAAUGCAAGCCAGAAAUAGCUCUUCUUUUCCGCUGCUAUGGACUAGCAUUCCUAGGUAUGUUAUCCUGUUUAUUGUAGGCUCCAAGGAAAAGAAAAGAGUAGAAAAGGGAGACAAAAAUGAAACCACGGGGGAUGGGUCAAAAACCGGGGGGGAGAGAAGAAAUCAAAGGUAUUGGUUAGGGAUGAAAGAAACACAUAACGGUCUGUUGGUUCAGUUGCUUGAUUCAAGACCGGGUGAGGUUUUCGUAGUAGCGAGCCGAAUAGCACGAUAGUAUACAACCUCAACUAUCAAGUUACCUGAUAGAUCCAUAUGUUAAACACGCAACUGCAAUCAUAUUCUCUAUAUCUCCUUACUACAUCUUGCAUCCCUGUGGCCAUUUUGGCAAAACUCAACCGCAUAGGAUAGCCUAUAAACCAC